AUGCACGCGUUCUCAUUCAUUCUCUCACCUAUUGUCCAGGCGGUAUUCGCCGGCAUUGUCGCUGCCCAGGAAGAGGACAUGGGCAGCCUUCCUACCGCUGAGGACACCCCGGUACUCCCCCCAGAUUACCCAGAUUUUGCCAACCCAGCAGAAGAGGUGGAAAUACAAAAACGCACUCCUCCUGCUGGCGUGUAUGUCUGCGAUCAGACAAACUGGCAAGGUAAAUGUGACUGGAUAGCGCUCAAAGAUAUGGCUUGUAUGGACUUCCCUUGGGAUGCUGGCACGUCUGUCGGCCCUCCCAAUGGCUGGCAGUGCAAAUUCUACUACGGCGCCCAAUGCACGGGAGAGAUGACGAACGGCAAACUUACCUACCCGGGCACAUCCAACCUGGGAGCCUUGUAUAACAACCGAUUGAAGCCUCUGGGAAUGAAAUGCAGACAGUGCCCGAGCGCACCUUGCAUCAACAACAAUUCUCCCGACUUCGGCGAAGCAAUCCUGAAGACUGGUACCAAAGACGCCGAUGGAAAAUGCAGGUAUUUUGAGGAGGGUAAAGUUAAGACUCGGCCUUGUUAG